GGGGCAGGCGGGGAGGCGCAGGGCGCUCGCGCUCCAAGCCCGGCUCGGGCCGUUGGCGGCGCACGCGGCUGCAGGGAGGGGGACGGGCGGGGAGAGAGACGUGCAGCCCGGAGCCAUGUCCGCGCCCGCCGGGCUGCCCCCGCGGCCCUCCGCCCCUCCCCCUCUCGGGGCGCCCGCCGGUGUGGCGCAGGCCGGAGCGCGGCCGCAGCACAACGGUCCAGUGCAGCAUCAGAUGCAGUUCUUCACUGGAUAUCCUCAAAAUUAUAGUGCUCCAUCAGGACACUAUGCCCAAGUGCCCAGUAAAGCUGUCCCUUCACAAGUGGAUAAUCAGUAUGGAGCUGGUUACUACUCUACUGGCUAUUCAGUACCAGCGCAAAGUGUUCUGACACCUUCUGUGGGUUCCAACCUACUGAACACACAGGGAUCACAGCAGUCAUACAGCAAAGUUCCUCCUCAUCCUGUGGAGUCAGCUGAAGGACUUGGACAAGGAGCAAUAUCAUCUACAUCCUAUUUACGUACCAAUACUCCACAGUCAUAUUCUGCCUUUGGUAGCCACUACAGUACUUCAGUCAGCUCUUCAGUUGCAUCUCAGGGAUUUCCCCUUAAUUCUGGUCAUUAUGCCAUGCCUAUGGUUUCCAGUGCUGCAUAUCCUAGCCUUUCCUAUCCUUCUAUGGCUACUGCUAGUCCAUAUGGACAGGUGUUUACUUCUCAGAGCCUUCCAGCUAUUGGACAGUUUAAAGAGAUGAAUGCAUUUUCUGGUCAAAGUACAGUUGUAUCUCAUUCACUACAACAAGUUCCUAUGGGAUAUCGUUCUACAUCAUGGUCCACUUCAGAUGUUCAGUCAGCUCAAGACAGCCUCAGCAGAAAUCACACUGAAUCUUUGGCUAAAGCAAGCAACCAAACAAGUACAGUUGGUGGUGUUGAUUCAUCGCACCUUGUAAGCCAAAAUGUUCGAUUUAUCAAGUCAGGUGUUGGAUCAUCUGUUUCUUCUGCUGUGACCUCUUCAGAAAGAACACCUGUAGACCAUUCGGCUCAGCCUGGACCUGUGCCAUCUGUUACAAAACCAUCAGAGUCUCUGCUUCAAGAAGGCAUACAGUAUGAUGGAUAUGUUAAUAAUCAAGCUAGCUCUACACCAGCUCCCUUGUCAUCAAGUUCAGGUGAUGAGGAAGAGGAUGAGGAGGAUGAGGAAGCAGCUAUUGACAGCUCUUCCACUACUAGCAGUGCCUCUCCCGUUCCUAACAAUUAUGAUGCCCUUGAAGGAGGUGGCUUUCCAGAGACACGUUCUAUAACAAGUAGUCCAGCUCCUGCUCCCUCUGUUCCCCCAACAUCAAAGACUUCUAAGCCCUUUGGUUAUGGAUACCCAGCUCUUCAACCUGGUUAUCAGAAUUCGGCACCACCUACUUCUGCUAUGCAGCCCACAAACCCAGGCCAUCAUUCUGGGUUUCAGCAAUAUUCACAGCAGUAUCCUGGCAUGAACCAGCUGUCUUCCUCCUUAGGAGGAUUAAAUCUACAACAUUCUCAGCAGCCAGAAAGCUUAAGACCUGUAAACCUUAUUCAGGACAGGAAUAUUUUGCCCAUUACUCCAGUUCCAGCUCCUGUGCCUAAUUUGAAUUCAGACCUUAGGAAACUGAACUGCAGUCCAGAUUCAUUUCGAUGUACACUGACAAAUAUUCCACAGACUCAGACUUUGCUAAACAAAGCUAAACUUCCCUUGGGACUGCUUCUACAUCCCUUCAGAGACUUAACGCAAUUACCAGUAAUAACAUCAAGCACCAUUGUGAGGUGCAGAUCAUGCAGGACAUAUAUCAACCCUUUUGUUUCUUUCAUUGAUCAAAGAAGGUGGAAAUGCAACCUUUGUUACAGAGUUAAUGAUGUUCCUGAAGAAUUUAUGUAUAAUCCUUUGACACGGUCCUAUGGGGAGCCUCACAAAAGGCCAGAAGUCCAAAAUUCUACAGUGGAAUUCAUUGCUUCUUCAGACUACAUGCUUCGUCCUCCUCAGCCUGCAGUGUAUUUGUUUGUUUUAGAUGUGUCUUAUAAUGCAGUAGAAGCUGGAUAUUUGACAGUUCUCUGCCAGUCACUGCUGGAAAACCUAGACAAGCUGCCUGGAGAUUCAAGAACAAGAAUAGGGUUCAUAACAUUUGACAGUACUGUUCAGUUCUACAACUUGCAGGAAGGAUUAUCACAGCCUCAGAUGCUGAUUGUUUCAGAUAUUGAUGAUGUUUUCUUACCUACACCUGACAGUUUACUUGUAAAUCUACAUGAAAGCAAAGAGUUGAUAAAAGAUUUACUGAAUGCACUGCCAAACAUGUUCACCAAUACAAGAGAAACACACAGUGCUUUGGGUCCUGCACUUCAGGCUGCGUUUAAACUGAUGUCUCCAACAGGUGGCCGCAUAUCUGUGUUCCAAACACAGUUGCCAUCCUUGGGUGCAGGACUUUUGCAUUCCAGAGAAGAUCCCAAUCAGAGAUCAAGCACGAAGGGUGUGCAGCAUCUUGGCCCAGCAACAGAUUUUUAUAAAAAGUUGGCAUUGGAUUGUUCAGGACAGCAAACGGCUGUGGAUUUGUUUCUGUUGAGUUCACAAUAUGCAGACCUGGCUUCUUUAGCUUGCAUGUCAAAAUAUUCUGCUGGGUGCAUCUAUUAUUAUCCAUCUUUUCAUCAUACCCACAAUUCUGCUCAAGCAGAAAAAUUGCAAAAAGACCUUAAAAGAUACCUUACAAGGAAGAUUGGAUUUGAAGCAGUCAUGAGAAUAAGGUGUACAAAAGGGCUUUCAAUACAUACUUUCCAUGGAAACUUUUUUGUGCGAUCUACUGACCUGUUGUCACUUGCCAAUGUCAAUCCUGAUGCUGGAUUUGCAGUACAGAUGUCUAUAGAGGAAAGCCUAACAGACACAUCUCUAGUUUGUUUUCAGACAGCCCUUUUGUAUACUUCCAGCAAAGGCGAACGGAGGAUUCGAGUGCACACUCUUUGCUUGCCGGUUGUCAGUUCACUGGCUGAUGUGUAUGCAGGAGCAGAUGUACAAGCAGUUAUCUGCCUCUUAGCAAACAUGGCUGUGGAUCGGUCAGUUUCAUCAAGUCUGUCGGAUUCAAGAGAUGCCUUAGUGAAUGCUGUGGUAGAUUCAUUGUCUGCAUAUAUGUCAACAGUCUCAAACUUACAACAGUCUACUCUGAUAGCACCAAACUCUCUCAAGCUGUUUCCUUUGUAUGUUUUGGCUCUUCUUAAACAGAAAGCUUUUAGAACUGGCACUAGCACACGCUUGGAUGACCGUGUAUAUGCCAUGUGCCAGAUGAAGAGUCAGCCUCUUAUUCAUCUGAUGAAAAUGAUACAUCCCAACUUGUACAGGAUAGACAGAUUGACAGAUGAGGGUGCAAUUCAUGUUAACGACAGGGUUGUUCCUCAACCUCCUCUUCAGAAGUUAUCUGCAGAGAAGCUGACAAGAGAAGGAGUUUUUCUUAUGGACUGUGGCUCAAUUUUUUACAUAUGGAUUGGGAAAAGUUGUGAUAAUAACUUCAUAAAAGAUGUACUUGGGUAUCCAAACUAUGCAGCCGUACCCCAGAAAUUGACCCAGCUUCCAGAGUUGGAUACGCUAUCUUCAGAGAGAACAAGGUCUUUUAUAUCCUGGCUUAGAGACAGUAGACCUCUAAACCCAGUUCUUCAAGUAAUAAAAGAUGAGAGUCCAGCCAAAACGGAUUUUUUUCAGCAUUUAAUUGAAGAUCGGACAGAGGCAGCUUUCUCAUACUAUGAAUACUUACUUCAGAUUCAACAGCAGACUUGUAAAUGAAAGAGAAGUAAAGAAGAAACAACUUCCUGAUUGUGGAUGCAAACAUCAGCUGUGAGAAAAGCACAUAGAAAGUUUCAGUAACAGGAGUCUGUUUUUCCCAAUAUACAGUCCAUAACACCAGUUCCAAGCUAAUGGACAAAUACAUCUGUAUUUCCAGAGGAAUUACACAAUUUUGCUUCAGCCUAAACAUGGUAGGAGUAAUGAAGCUGUUUCACUAGUACAUUUUAAAUUGGUUUAUACAUGCUUCCAGUAGUGCAGCAGUAUGGUGCUCUGUUUAUUGCAAGCUGAUGAAUUUAUGUAGCGAUGUGGGAUAUUUCUUAAUGAAAUGGAAAAUUAGAUGAAACCUUUUUUUCUUACAUUUAUUAUGAUAACCCUUCUGGAUUCAAACUCUAACAGAGAAGCCAAAGGGCAACACUGUAUGUUGUUUGUUUAUAUCAAUUACUUUUUAAAAGGAAUGAUUCAUAUUUACUAAAAGACUCAACAUUUUCUCUGUGAAGACUCUAGAAUUUCAAUAAAGUACAUGAAAUGUAGAAAUAAAAUAUAUAAUGUACAUAAGUGUUACAUUUGUAAAGAAGAUGUAAAAAUGUAACUAAAGAAUGAAUAGUUCAGUGUGCAGCAGUGUUGAAUGUUCAACGACAAAUCAGUUUGCCCUAGAUAAAGAAUGAAGUUGACUAAGACAUUAAGAGAUUGGAAUCCGCAGAGGAAAAAACACAACUUAAGUUAUUCAGUUUAUUCUUUUAGGUGAAUUUAUUUAUGAUUGGCUUAUGAAUUAAAAUAUUUUGCUUCAUCAUGUGUUUUUAUAUUUCUGCAACUCUUACAUUUUAGAAGCUGAACUCUAUACUGAAUCUAGAAUUCAUUGUUGAAAAGAAUGUGUUUACCACUCUAUUUUGCAGACUUUUCUGGGGGGGGAGAAGAGACUUUCAUAGAGGGGAAUGUGCUGUAGGUGUAUCAAUAAAAACUAAUGUUGGGACCUUCAUAUACAUUGUUUUCUGAAGAAGAGUCUCUCUUAAUCCUGAUUUAUAUUUUGUUACUUAAACCAAUCUUGGUCCAUGUUUUUUGAAAUUCAAAAUAAGCGUGGUUAACUACUGAAUGCUAUCUUAUGAUAUGAUUUCUUCUGUGAUGAAAAUAAGGGAUAUAAAAUGUGUGUUAGUUGAAGAGAUGAGAGGGAAAGGUGUAUUAUUUGAAAAAAAGAAAAAUGUCCAAAAAACCCCAGUUUUGAAAUGUAAACAUGUUGGUGUAUUUUUUUUUUUAUAAUCUAAUUUCUGCUGAUACUUGUAACAGUGCUUUGGUUUGUGAACACAGAUUCAACUUAGCACCUAAAAAUUGAUGGUGGGUGGUGAUAGUCAGAGGUAGAGGGGGAAGGAUGUUUUGGCUGCCUGUUUCAAGUACUGAUUUAGGCAUUGUCAAUCAUGAAUCAGCCUCAGCUUUGCCACUUAUUUGGUUUAAAUGAUAAUUUUCACUGCACUGUCAUAAUGAACUAAAGCGCUAAAAAUGCAGGUAAUAUUAGUGAAUUUUUAAAGCAUAAUCCUUUAAAGCAUUUUAAAACAAUCAAGAAGUUGAAUAUUCAGGAGCUCUAUACCCAGAAAGAUUCAAAUUGAAUCAUGUGUGGUAUAAUGUUUAAAAGAAAAAUACAAUAGAUACAUUUCACAACUGAUUUAUGACUAUACUAGUUGCACCCUAAAGGUGGGGUAUCCUGGUUGUUUGAAGCAAGUCAGUUGAGAAGGAUCCUUUUAUUAUUUAAAUUAGUCUCUUUUGCUUAACCAGAAUUAUUUGAGUGCCCAAAGAUUGCUCAGAAGCUCAGAAUUACUAGUCAGUCUGCAUUUUUUAUCAGUUACUAUAUGUCUUCGUUGAUGCUGGAUCUUGUCCCUAAAUUAAGACAAGAAGUCAGUAACUGCAUAUUUUUUUAUUUUAGACUACUUCACAUUUUGAAUAAAAGCUAAAUGUCACUGAAAAGUAGACAUCUUAUAAAUUAUUUGAAACCAUAGUGUCAAAAGGGCAUAUUAGCAUAAUCUCAGUGAACAGCUCUACAGAAUACACAGUUAUUUAUGAACUUGACAUUGAAUAUGAGAACACCUGAAACUGGUUUAUGAUGAUAUCUUCUGUAAAACUAUUACUUAAAAGCUUUAUUCUUCUAUGUGUUUUGUAUACAAAAAUUAUGAAAAAUACAUUUGAGAGCUAUUUGCUUAUUUGUUUAGUAAAAAUCAAUUUACAGUAUAGACAA